GAGUGGUCGGGGUCUCCCAGGCCUCAGGCAUGACAGGAGGGGAGUAGGCCUCAGCAUGGAGGGGCCAUGACAGCGGCGCCUCACACACGUGUGUGCGGUACCGGAGGCGCUGGCAGCUGCUCUCCACACAGCGAGGUGCUGACCACAGCUCUGCAGUCUGCUGCAACUACGACUCCUAGCAUGCUCUGACUGCAGCAAUCAGCCUGGGCUUGCUGGGUGUUGUAGUUCUUUAACAGCUGGAGAAGGGCACGUUUCAGUGCAGAACACCAGGUCUGUCAGACAGCUGCUUUUUCUGCACCGUUCUGUCCUGGUGAUUGUUUACAGGUUAUGACGACUAAUCUCAAACCAAACAAGGCAUUAAAGGUAAAGAAGGAGGCAGGAGAGAACGCCCCAGCAUUAAGCGAUGAUGAGCUCGUGUCAAUGUCUGUGCGGGAGCUAAACCAGCACCUCCGAGGUCUCUCAAAAGAGGAUAUCAUCCGCCUAAAGCAGCGUAGGCGCACACUGAAAAACCGCGGCUACGCUGCCAGCUGCCGAGUAAAGCGCGUCACCCAAAAAGAGGAGCUCGAGAGACAGCGCGUGGAGUUGCAGCACGAAGUGGACAAGCUGGCGCGAGAGAACUCCAGCAUGAAGCUUGAGCUGGAUGCUCUACGGUCCAAGUACGAAGCCCUCCAGACCUUUGCCCGCACAGUCGCCAGGGGCCCCAUCACCCCGACCAAGGUUGCCACCACCAGCGUCAUCACCAUUGUGAAGUCUGCCGACUUGUCCUCGGCGUCCAUACCGUUCUCCGCAGCGUCCUAGUAUCCAGAAAAGCGAGCGGUGGAGAGAACUAGCUGCCUGUUCUGAGAGGGACAUUAUGGGACUCGCUUAAUAUCGUUUCUCAGUUCCUUCCCGCCUAUUCAGAUGUUAGGCAUUGCCUUUGAUUCCGUACCCCACCCCGACAUGACGCAUAGAGGUUACACGCAGGUUCACAACACUAUGGCCUUGUCGUAGUUGUACCAGGGAAUAUGUCUCGUUGCGUUGGAUGAGGUUCCUUAAUUUCAUUCUCAAUAGGACUUUAUGUUUAAAUUAUGGAUCUUCUCGGACCCUUCAUAAACAUCACUUUAGGAAAGUGACAGGGGCUCGACCGAUUUUUAUAUUUAUUUUUGUUAAAUUUUUUUGAAGACCUUUUUGUUUCUUUUCUGGGUAACCAGAAAUAAAAGCAGAAUAUCAAUAUGUAAUAAUUUAUAUGUUGCCGACGUCAUGUCCUUGUGAGGAUUGUGGUCAGCGCCUGUGGAGUUGUCGCUUGUCGUUCUCCGGUGGGAUGUUUUAUUUAAUUUUUUCCAUUUUUUUUAAUGGCCUUUGUAAAGAAUCUCAGGAUUUCCUUAAAUAUUGAAAUGUACCAAGGUGGCAUCCACGUGUUGUAAUCAUUUCCGUCCUCACAAAUCCUUCACAGCUGGUGAUGACGUAAAACCAUUGUAGAGCGCAAUUUUUCUACUUGGUUGUGUGUUUGUUUUUCUUUUUUUCUUUCUUUUGUUUGUAGAUUGAUCUUCGUGAUUCACACUGAUGCAUUUGUAAUCCCGCAGCCAUUGGGCAAAAUGACGGGCUGAGGUAGACUGGCUUGCUACCCACUGUUUUGUAUUGGCUGGCCGAUCCAGUCAUAUUCGAUUUCCAGCGAAUGCCGUACAUUCUGCUGGAAAUGUUGCGGCUCCCCAAAUAGUAGUAUUGUUGAUGGCUUAAAGGAACCACCAGGUAAAUUGUUACCGCGCUAUAUGCCUAGGGCAGGGCCCGAGGAGGUGGCGCAGCAUGACUUUUCUAUGUAAUGUUCUUUGUGUCACGCUCCACCUCCUUAUUCCCUGCACUAGGCACAGCGCGGUCUGUUGUGCCCGGAGUGCUCCUUUAUUAGUGUUGUGAUAUUGCAGUGGUUGAACGUUACAGCUGGUAAUGAUUUUGUGCUAUGAAGGUGUGAGGGUGCUGCCACGCUUUCUUUUUUUUUUUGGGGUUGGGGGGUGGCUGAUUUUUAUUUUUUUUUUUAAACAAAAAAAAACAAGGGACCAAAAACGCCAGUACAAAAAGACACAGGGGGAGAUGUAUUAAGACCAGUCUGUGCUAACCCCUAAGCAGCCGGAGGAGGCAUCUCAUUUAGGCCUCAUGCACACGACAAUAUGUAUUUUGCGGUCCGCAAAAAAUUCGGAUGACAUCCGUGUGCGUUCCGUAUUUUGCGGAACGGAACAACUGGCCCCUAA